AUGAACUCUCCCGAUAAUGUGUCGUCCCCGGAACCAGUGGCAUCCUCAACCUUGAGGAUGCCAAAGACGAGAGUAUCCACCGACGCCCAAUCCAUGAUAUCUUCCAUAUCUACCCUACCCUACCGAGCAUCUAAUGCAUCCGUAUCUUCCUUGUUCGCAUCGACAACUACGCCGACGGGUUCGAGGGCUGGGUCGCCUAGUGGAGGUAGCCGGAGGUUGAUGUCUGAGUCUGUAUUUGGAGCAUCGCCUGGAGGGGCGCAACAGCUUGCGCCAACGGAUCUGCCGGGGGAUCCUCGAAAUCUUCUGAUGAGAGCAUUCAUUCCACAUAUUGCGGUUCAUACCUCAGACGAUACGCACCAGAUGAUAAAGGACAAAGGCAUAGAGGGAGGAUUAUGGGAAUUGCUGAGACCAUUCGGGGAGCGUGUUCAUGGGAACGUCACGGUCCGAGAUAGUGUAGGAGCUGGUAAAACCUAUGAUGAUUUCGCAGUACGAUUUGUACAAUUAGGCGAUGGGUUAGAGCCUCCUGACGUGGCAGAUAGGAAGAGCCAGGAAGGGAGAGGGAUAGCUCAGAAUGGAGAGAAGCCAGAUUCCAAAACCGCAGCGCAACGAUUGAGGACAGGGGGAAACAUUGCUCAGAUUGAAACCCUUGUAGAUCGGCAUUUGUCUUUUGCAGAAGAUUAUCCCACUUCCAAAGAAGAAGACUAUCUCAACUACAAAGACGCCCAUGUCCGAGAUCAUAACACGCCGUCGCCGUUCCACACACUCUAUCUAAGACGAUUACUCUCUGGAAUCCCUCUAGCUCCACAUGAAACCUUCGCUCAUCCAGUCGCAUGUAUCAUUGCCAUUAGCUCCAGGAAUCCUAAUCCAAUUGACGCGUUGAGAAACCUCUAUCAAGAUUCGACAGUUGGUUCUAAAAGGCUUCCUCCUUGGGUCAAUGGCGAGUAUUUGCGUUACUAUGUUCUAGUCCACGAUGAGGAAGGCGACGACAUCACAAAGUCAAUGACAUUGUUCGAUCAAAUGAAGAAGCAUUUCGGUCUUCACUGCCAUCUCCUUCGGCUAAGAAGUAGUAAUUGCGUAUCAACAGAUGAUGACUGUCUCCAACUACCGCGAUGUGAAUGGGUUGCCGCUUCGGAAGAGCUGGCCGACAUCCAGGCGCGAGAAUUAGAGGAAGACAUUGAAGAAUCUUACCCUUACAUUUACGAGUCCGAUGUUACUGCAAUUAAAACCUUUAUACGAGAAAUGGUUUCGCAAUCUGUGGUACCUUCGAUGGAAAGAAAUGUUUCAAUGUGGAAUGACCAAGUAGCGUCCAGACGAAGGGGUAUAGGAGGACGAUUCAUGAGUUUAUCGAAGAAAUGGACAGGGUUUGGAAGUAGCUCAAGAAACUCUUCUGGUAGUGGUUCACCAAGUUCAAGCACUAAUUACGACCCCAUCCAGGGCUUUUACCGGCCAGAUGUUCCCGAGGCGAUUAUGCGUAAGCUCGCAGACUACGCCUUUAUGCUUCGAGAUUGGAAGUUGGCUCAGUCUACGUAUGACUUGGUUCGAUCAGAUUAUAAUAACGACAAGGCGUGGAAGUAUCACGCAGCUGCAAAUGAAAUGGCUGCUAUCAGCGCUCUUAUGUUGCCUCAGCAUAUGAGCUCCAAGGUCCGAGCAGAGACCAUCGACACAAUGCUUGAGACGGCUUCAUACUCUUAUAUCACGCGCUGCGGCGCGUCAUACGGUGCAUUACGCUGUCUUGCUGUUGGUAUAGAACUGUUACGACUCCGUCAAGGUUCCUUCACUGAAGACGCCGCAAAGUGGGGCAUGAAACUCCUCGAGUUCAAAGUCGUGGGCGUUAUAGGCGACGCCUUAUUAAAAGAACGUAUAGCUGUCUGCUACGCCUCCAAGAAAGGUGCCGGAGCAGGUCUUUGGGGUAGCAGAAUCCGCAAAUCCGCAUUAUGGAGCAUCCUCGCCGCGGAUGCGUGGCUCACACUCGGCAAAGUCCAACAAUCGAAACGGAGUCUCGAGGAUGUAACGGCAAAAUACUCGUCCUUGCCGAAUAGUAAUAGUCUGGAUCAGUUCAUCCUAGCCAACAAUUUUCUUCACGGUCUCCAAAAAGAGGUCCAACUUGCGCUGUAUCCUGAAUCCGCGAUCGAAGGGAGUGGAAAUAUGGAGGACCUGAUUGAUACCUCGAUAACGGAGGAGAGCGAGGCGUUCGAAUCGCGGCCGCAUCGACGCAGUCUGAUGGGUGCAUCAGGCCCGCCGGCUAUUUCUAGUCUGGGCUCUGCACCCUUGAAUGGGGAGACGGUUUUUGAAGAGGUUGUGUCACCGGCGCUUAAAUUCGAGUGA